AUGAUUUCCUCUGUACGGGGAUGGUUCCGUCGGAACCGCACGCCGGUUGCCAUUGGCGUCGGCAUCGUCGGCGCCGGCUACGUCGUGAGCCAAUAUGUCAUGUCCAAGAUAUCCGACGCGCGCGAGCGCAUGACGAGCGAGCGCAUCUCCAAAGAAAACCUGCGUCGGCGCUUUGAACAAAACCAAGAAGACUGCACCUUUACCGUCCUCGCCCUCCUCCCCACCGCCACCACAAACGUCCUCGCCGAGAUGAACACGGAGCAAAUCACCUACGAGAUCCAGCAGGCCAAGGCCGCCAAGGUCGUCAAGGCCAACCCGGCCGAUGCCGCGCCCACGCCGCCCAGCAUCGCCGACACCGCCCUGACCGAGGACGACAGCAAGAGCUCCAUCGUGAGCGAGAGCGGCGUCCACGCCAGCCAGGCAUCUCUUCCCCAGCUCACGUCUGUCCCCGAGGAUGCCGCGCAGGAUGGUGCCCCGGCCCGACCCCGUCGCUCCAAGCGACAGCUCUGGGACGACUUGAUCAUCAGCUCCGUCACCCGUGCCUUUACGCUCAUCUACACUCUUGCCCUGCUUACGAUGCUCACACGCGUGCAGCUCAAUCUUCUUGGCCGCCGAAGCUAUCUCUCCAGCGUCGUCGCGCUGGCCACCGGCACCCAGUCCGCCACCAUCAGCCUCGAGAACAACGACGACGACAACACCGACCAAGCCUACGGCAGUGAUUUCGACACGAACCGCAAGUAUCUCACCUUCAGCUGGUGGCUGCUCAACAAGGGCUGGCUCGACAUUAUGCAGACGGUUGACAGCGCUGUCCGCUCCGUCUUUGGCACCCUCAACCCUCGCGAUCUCAUCAGCUUCGACCGCUUCUCCGAUCUCGUCAUCGAGGUCCGCAGACAGAUUGAGGGCUCGACCGCCGAAGAGCGACGCAGCGCCAAGUGGCUCAAAUACCUGCUCCCGCCGCAGGACCAGGAGGACGAGGUCAUUCGCCAGUCCGGCAUCCUCGAGGACAACGCCGCCCAGGAGGGCAUCCCGGCGCAGCCGUCGCCCGAGGCCCUGCGCAGGCUCCUCGACGAGACGGCCGACCUGAUUGAGUCGCCUGCCUUUUGCCACGUGCUGACGCUGCUCCUCGACGCCGGCUUCGGCACGCUGGUCGAGAAGAAGCUGGCGGCCGAGGCCUUUGAGCUGCCCGUCGACGAGAGCGGCUUCAUGGCCAACGUCAUCACCGAGUCCAAGCAGACCAAGGUGGUCCUGCUGCCCAAGAUCCUGUCCGUGCUGACGCGCCAGGCGCACGUGAUUGGCAACGGCGUGCCCAACGAGUACCUCCAGGACAUGGAGGCGGUGCGCGGACUCGAGGCCUUUGCGGCCGUCGUCUACUCGAGCAACUGGGAGAGCGAGGUGCAGCCCAAGCCCGCAGCGGCUGCUGCUACAGCGGAGAAGCAACAGACAGUGAAGACAACGACGGCGGCGAGCACGCAAGGCGACCAGAGCAUUGUCAUGGUGGAGAACCAGGGCAGCUUUGAGAGUGCGUGGGAAAAGGCCCAGGAGGCAAAGUAA